UUUGUCUAAGGCGUGCGGCUUAAGCAGCAGCAGUGGAAAGAUUUCUUGGUUUUUCCACAGGCCAAGGUUUCCCGAAGGACAGGCUGGUUAGGAGAACAGGAGUCCUGUGGGUUUUUAGAGCCGUGCCCUCGAGGAAAACUGCAAAUGUAGCCUUCCUUAUAUGCCACCAGCCAAGGUGGCAUUUUCAUGCGGAAGGUGCACACGUCCCGUUAACCUUCUUCUUCCUCCAGUGGGCCCUCAUCACCUGCACUCCUCCUCACGCUCCUGACCAUUGCCCCGAUCAUACUCAUUAUGCCUCAGGGUCAGAAGAGUAAGCACCACACUCGUGAGAAACGCCACCAGUCUCGGGGUGACUCCCAGAGUCACAGGAGAGUUCAGGCCCCUGUAGCAAUGGAAGAGCGUCCCACCUCCUCUUCUCCUGUUUUGGAGGGUAAUACUCAGAGUUUAUCAUCUACCGAGUCAACUAACACCUCCCAAGAGUCUUGGGGAGCCCCAUCUACCACCAUUACCUCUUCAGGUAUCUCUGGUACAAGAUCUGAUGAAGGUAAGAACAGCCAAGAUGAGGAACAUCUACGUUUCUCUGAUGUCUUACCUUCUACUGAGAGCUCAUACACUGAUAUUCUAACUAUGAAGGUGGGUUUGUUGGAACAGUUUCUUCUGUACAAAUAUAAAAUGAAACAGCCCAUUAUGAAGGAAGACAUGCUGAAGAUUAUUGGCCAAAAUUACAAAAACCAGUAUCCUGAGAUCCUUAAGAGAGCCUCUGAAUGCAUUGAGGUUGUCUUUGCAGUCGACUUGAAAGAAAUCGACUCAACCAGCCACUCUUAUGACCUCAUCAGCAAAGUGAAACUCCCUAACAAUGGGAGGGUGCAUGCUGGCAGGGGGUUACCCAAGACUGGUCUCCUGAUGACAGUCCUGGGUGUGAUCUUCGUGAAGGGCAACUGUGCUGCUGAGGAAGACAUCUGGAAAUUCCUGGGUAUGAUGCGAGUAUUUGCCGGGAGGAAGCAUUUCAUCUAUGGAGAGCCCAGGAAGCUCGUCACCAAAGACUUAGUGAGGCUAAAGUACCUGGAGUACCGCCAAGUACCCAACAGUGAACCUCCACGCUAUGAGUUCCUGUGGGGUCCGAAAGCCCAAGCUGAAAUCAGCAAGAUGAAAGUCCUGGAAUUUUUGGCCAAAGUCAGUGAUACAGUUCCCAGUGCCUUCUCAUCAAGAUAUGAAGAAGCUUUGAGAGAUGAGGAAGCAAGAGCCCGAGCCAAACCUACAGCCAGUGGGAAUUACAGGGGCACAUCCAGCAGCUUCUCCCACCCCUACUGAAAUCUGAGGCUUUUUAAAAAAUCAUCUAAAUAAGAAAAUAUGACAUCACAGUAGGGAUUUUCAUGGAAAUGUGGAAGAUUCCCACAGUAAAUUUACUGAGAUAAUGGAAUAUAAAAAAAUAAUAAAACAUAUCAACUUUA